AUGUCCUUCACUGGUAUCAACGUCGAGUUGGGAAACUACAUUCAGUUUCCGCGCCUCGUACUACUCCGAGAGCCGGAGAAAUCCCAGUCGACAGAAUGUGCUAUAUGCCAGGACUAUUGCCACUACCGUCCGAAAAAAAACGAUAAGCCUGACUCCAUGGCCAUCCUACCCCCCCGGGUCUUGCACGAAGAGUCGGUUUUGAUGCUGUCGGAUACGGUAAGAUGUCCGGACCAGCUUCCGGCAUGCUGUCCCUCGUGUCGUAGAGCGGCGGCGGUGAAGCACGCCUCCAAACUGUUCAGCGUGUAUCAUAGCGAGAUUGACGCGGCCAACCGAGCAUUCCAGGAGUCGAAAUCCGAAGGCGAUCGAGAGAAGCUCAGUGCAGCUGAUAAGAAGGCGCAUCGGAUCCUUUUGUCCUCGUUUAAUCUGCGAGCCCAGUUCGACUGCUUUCAGCUCGCCGACCAGUGCCUCCAAGAUGGGCACCGGUCAAAGUUCGACCGCCAGCACAAGGCUGACUUUGAAGACGGCAGCCCAAGGGGCUUCUCCUGGCAGCUGAGCGACAUGAGCAAGCGGCUAGCCUUGGGCGAAACCCGCGCCAACCUGUUGCGCGAGCCCAAAAUGGCGCAGUGGUACGGCGACGCCAUCGUGGUAGCCAGGGCUCUGGGGCUGUGGCACGCCGCCGUCCGCGAGCGUGCCGGCCUGCCCAGGAGCGACGAGUACGGCACCCUGGCCCAGAUCACGGGCAAGCUCGACAAGGUGUACAAGGUUGCGGACCUGGCGAACAUCAAGAGGCGCAGCGAGAUCCUCGCGCAACGGGCGCUGGCUGAGAAUGGGGCGGACGACAGACCGCCUCGCGGAACUAAGAGACCUGCUCGGCAGCUACCGGACGACGACGAGGACGACAAUGACGAGAACCAUCCGCCGGCGAGGUUCAGGAGGACAGCUGGCGGACGUGUAGCCAUCACAUCCAGCCUCCGCGGCGCUUCUUCUGGUACGUCUGGCGCGUUUUCGCUGCCAGACCAGCAAGAUAUGGAAAUGUAUGAUGCUACAGUAGAUGAUGAUGAGGUAGAGGGAGAGAAAGAGGAGGCCGAAGGCGAAGGCGAAGCACCCCCCAAGAUCCUGAGCCGGGCUUGCAUCGAGCGUCCUUUCCCCUUCGUCAUCAACAACACGGCCGGGUUCCAGGACGCCUGGAGGACUGUCCAGCUCUUGCAGCACCGCUUAAGCGGCCCCAGAGGUGCCGAUCAUGACAGAGACUUCGAAUUCAUUCGUGUUCUCGUCAAAGAACUCGUUGGAUACAGCCAGGAAACCAGACAAGAGUUCAAGAUCAUGCAGGCCCUCAAGGCCAGGAACUUGCGAUAUCUUCGGUUUUGCGGGGCACCCCGGCCCGAAAUACAGAAGGCCGAGGCCGAACUGAAGGAGAUGAAGAAGAUGUACAACCGCGAUGACCUGGGGUUUAACAGCGGCCGGGAGCGAAAUGCUUGCAAUAAUUCUCUACAACGUCUCUAUUUUGAAGGGGGUCUGGAUGACAUGGAGUAG